UCCUCAUCAUUCAUCCACUCAUCCACUCAUCCCCAUACGAAGCUGGUCUUUCCCAAAGCAGGUCUUUUAGUCCAAAUACACAUCGUCAUAUCCAAAUCCUUUUCAAGUUCAGUUUCAAUACCAAACUUCCACAAUGCAAUUCUCGAUCGCUCUCUUCUUGGCUCUUGCUGCCGCAAGUGUCUCUGCUUCAUCCGGUCUCUCUGGAAGCGGAACCGCUGUAGGUGCUGCUAAGGCAACCGGGUUCGGAGCUGCUAAGGCCCAGCGGAACUGGUGCAAAGCCAGCUUGGCCUCCUCGCGUCGUACACGUCCAUACCGCCGUAAGGAUUCCAACGAGUCAGGAUCCGCCAAGGGAACCGGAGCCAAAGGUGAUGGUGGCUCUGCAAAGGCAACUGGUGCACAAGGAGCAGGAUCUGCUAAGUCCACUGGGGGAGCGAACUCCGGUAGCGAUGGCAAUGUGCAGCCAAGGGCUUCCAGAGACAGCAGAAGCUGGCUCUGCAAAGCGACUGGAGGGAGCUCGACAAAGGGGUCUGGAACUGAAAACACUGGCAAGGGAUCCGCUUCUGCUUCAGGUAAAGGGGGAGCGUCAGCUUCAGGGGUUGCAUCGGCAUCCGGGGCUGGUGGCGCUUCUGCCACUUCUACUUCUCCAGCUAUCUCCACUGGUGGUGCCGCAUCUCUAUCCAAUAAUGGAGGGAUGGCUGCAGUUGCUGGUCUUGGUGUUGCAUUCGCUGUUUUCAUGUAAAGAGCUUUAGAUUCUUUAGUGGUGUGAUAUUGCUCAAUUUCAGAGUCAUAUGUUGAAUUGGAUGGAAUUGGAUUGAGUGGUUUGUACAUACCUUUCUGAUGUGAAUAGGGCGGCGUAUCGGGCAUCCUUUUUGAGGCGGGUGGGCGGCUUUGAUAUUCAUAGAUCGAGCUGGUCUCUGGUGACCGACGAAACAAUCACUCGUUCUUAUUUUUGAUGUAACACAGGAUUGUAAAAUCUGGCUAUUUUUCUAUAUAGAUAUGAUUGAAGGG